AUGAACCCCUCUGUUGUGGCUGCCACAAGAGGAUUGGACUUCUCCAAAAGUUCAACAAGUGGCAAGGGAAAGCCAUGGAAAGAUGCAAAAGUCCAUGGACAAGAUGGUGAGCAAGAUCAAGAGCUUGGAGAAGAAAGUUUCUGGUUCUUCAAGCAAGAAGAAGAAGGCACCCAAGGUCCCACUUUCCCUAGGAGUAGGUCACUCCUCACCACUCAAAGGAGGCUCCCUGCCCAAGAGCCUCACAGAGCCUCUUCUUUCGAGCCAAGGGAAGGAGAAGACAACACGCAGAGAAGGAGGAAGACUUCCAAGGCCAGACGCUCCAGCUCGACCACCGGACUCGAUCGAGUCCAAACAGAGGAAACUCAACUCGAUCGAGCUGACGGUCGAGUUGACCUGGAGGAGCCCCAGUUUCGAGAUCCGGAUUUGAGUACGAUCCCAGCCUUACCAGGAGCCUCCCCAGAGAUGGACCCCUAUGGACAGUCGAGCUAG